AUGGCAGAUUAUACACAAGGCCCGCGUCCCAAUUCCUCUUAUGGAGAGUCGAGUCAACAUCCAAAUGCUCCCGAGUGGCAUGGCUACCCACCUACUCAAAACUCGUCCCAGGUGCCGCAUCAUUCCCCCUAUGCAUCGCCACCGCCUUCAGGACAAUCGUAUGGACAACCACACGGAUCACCCCAAUCGCCUCCGUCUGUACACGGAUCCGGAUACUACCCCCCGCAACCGCAGUAUUCUGGCAACCCGCCGGCUGGGCAGUAUACACCUUCCGGUUAUGGAUACAAUGGCCACCAGGGACAACAGUCGUAUUAUCAAGCUCAGCAGCAUUCACCACACCAGCUGCCUAGUCAGCCACAGUAUGCGCAAUCGCCCCCGCCGCAGUAUGAGCACUCGCCGCAGCGGCAAUAUGCUUCGCCUGGAUACUUACCCCAGAUCAAACAAGAAUACACUUCGCCACCUGUCCCUGGCCAGGUACCUCAAACAGAGGAAGAGCGAGGGCUCAUGGGAGCGCUUGCUGGAGGAGCCGCUGGUGGCUUCGCUGGUCACAAGGUGAACCAUGGCUUUCUUGGCGCCGUGGGCGGUGCUUUUGCUGGACACAAGCUUCAAGAUGCUUAUAAAGACCAUAAGAAAAACAGUCGGCCCUCGUCGCGUCGCUCAUCUUGCUCAUCCUCGUCGUCUUCGGACGACGAUAAACAUGGCCACAAACCUCAGAAGCAGCAUGCACCUCCGCCGCCAGUAGUACAUGGUACCAUGGGCAACUUUACUCAAAGCUCUGCUCGGAUAUCGCUUGACAACGAUCAUGACUUGAUCGCCGAGUGCGGUGCAUGUGAUGGCAGCAGGAAAUUGUCGUCCAUUUCUCUCAACCGCCUACUCACCAACGACGACGGACACUUCCGCUGGGCGAGGGAUGGCAAUUUCGCUGCCAGUGCCCGCAACGUUCGGCUUAUUCACGGUGGCAGGUUUCUUCAAGCUGAAUUGUGCCAGUGCAAUGGUUCUUGGCGCUGGGCCGAGAUCUGCCUCGACGAGCGUAUUGAGAACUCGAAUGGUAAUCUGCAGAUGCUCUGGUAA